AUGAACCAAUUAUUCUUACGGGUGCCCAAGCAAAGGACACACUUGUCUUUUGCCCGAUUAAAUUCUUCUUUGGAUCCUGAAAUAAAAGGAGAUGCAAAAGGAGACAAAGUGGGCACCGAGGUCUUGGAUAAGUCCCAGUAUCCUCCAACGCAGAUGACCAAUGCCAUGGCCAAAAGGGCUCGGUUUAUUGCAAUGUCAAAACCAAAAAGUAUAUUCAAAUAUCGACCAGUACAACCCAUUAACAUCAGUUUACCUAAUCCGAAAGGCGUUGAGUUCUAUGAGGAAGAUGUGCGGAUUGGAGACCUUCCAAAGGAAGCGAAACAAUACUAUGAUUACAAUGUUAAAGCAAGUGUUUCGUUACUUCAUUUACGUUUUUAGGCAUUAAAACAAGAAAUUAGCUAUCGUCUGCAAAUUGAACAUCCCGAUCUCGCCAACGAUACCUUUGGUACUCUUCACAACCAAGUUAACAUUGAUUACCAUUUCAAGAAUGAUGAUGUAACUGAAAUAAUCAGUAAUGAUAAUGACAUAGCAUUUUAGCAGAUGUCUCGAUGGCAAACUGGAUGUGAUUCGGAUUGGGGAGAAGGCUUUAGUACCGUAAAACUGGAGAGAACUGCGCAAGGAACGGCGAUGUUCACCGGGUAUCUUGAUACCACUGUUCUUAAGAAUGGGCGCAUUGAACGAGCAGGAUGGUGUACCAUGAAGAGUGUUGAUUCACGAGCACUGAAUCGAAAGAGCGUCAAGAAACAUUGGGAAUAUUAUAACCAACUGCUCAUCAAAUGCAGAGGCGAUGGCCGAUCUUAUAAAGUAAUCGUGUACACCCCCGGCUAUAUUGAUAUGAUGUGGGGGAACUGCUACUCCUAUCCACUACAUACACAUGGGGGACCUUAUUGGCAAUACUAUAGGAUUCCGUUCUCAAGAUUUUUCCAAACUGUUGGAGGCAGAAUCAUGGAUGUUCAGAGACCACUUCCCACCAACAUAGCCAGGUAAGAAUCUAUUUGGUACUGUUACUUCGUUCUUUCUAGUAACAUUGGAAUUGUUUUAAUGGACAGGAGAGAUGGGAAAUUCAAAUUAGAAGUCGAUUAUAUCGGCGUUUGUAAGGACGCAACACACAACGAGGAGUGUGCUUACGAAGGCUAUUCGAUUCCCGUUUACAACACAAACAGCAUUUAA